AAUCCCACGCUCCCACUGUAUUUUGCCAACUCAAUUUUAUUUCUUUAUUUCUCCACGCAUAUAAAUCUCACCUCACCGCGUUUGCCGAGAAGAGAGAAAGAGGGGGAGAGAGAGAGAGAGAGAGAGAGAGCGUGCGAUCGAAGCGAGGGCGAAGAGGAAGAAGGGAAGGAGCGAGGAGGAAGGAGACGAAGAUGUCGUGGCAACAGUACGUGGACGAGCACCUGAUGUGCGAGAUCGAGGACCAGCACCUCAGCUCCGCCGCCAUUGUCGGCCACGACGGGAGCAUCUGGGCGCAAAGCGCCAACUUCCCUCAGCUGAAGCCUGAGGAGGCUGCUGCUAUCAUGAAUGAUUUUAAUGAACCUGGAUCUCUUGCGCCGACUGGUUUAUUCCUUGGUGGGGCAAAAUACAUGGUAAUCCAAGGUGAAGCAGGGGUUGUCAUUCGGGGGAAGAAGGGCCCAGGAGGUGCUUGUGUGAAGAAAACCAACAUGGCUUUGAUCAUCGGCAUAUACGAAGAGCCGAUGACGCCUGGCCAGUGCAACAUGGUCGUUGAGAGGCUCGGCGAUUAUCUCAUCGAGCAGGGCUACUGAGUUUCUGGUAUUAUUGUUCUCUUCAAAACUCAUUUUCUACUCUGUUCGUUUCUGCAAUCUUUUGAAAUGGGUAUUGCGAGUGAAUAAUUUUAGCUCUGAAGUCUUUUUGUGGGAAUUUAUUUUAAGGGGGCCAAAAAAAAAGAGAGUAUUGUAGUAAGCAGUCUAUUUGUCAUUGUUGUUGAACUCUUCUGUAAUUUCCUAAUUUUUGUCGGGGUUUUCGGCAUUUCUCUCUGAGUGAUGAUAUUUAAUACCUAUUUAUUUUAUAUAA